AUGGAGAAGUUGAUGCUGAGCCUGCUAAAUGUUUUCCUGCUCUGCUCUGUGUGUGAAGCACAGUUAAGGGACGUCCUUCAACCUGUUUCUUUCCAGUCAGCAGCGCUAGGAGAAGCUGUUUCUAUUACAUGUCAUAUUUCUAGUUCUGUAAGACAUAGAGUAUGGUACAAAGUGACGACUACUAGGAGACUACAGAUAGUGGCCACAACAGAUAUUUUUUAUAAUCUGACAACAUUUGAUGACCAAUUUCGUCAGCGUUAUGCUAUAAAAUUUAACAACACCAGCAAUCAUCUGAGCAUAUCUGCAACAACGUGGGAAGAUGUUGGCACAUACUACUGUGGAGCAAUGCGCUUAAACAGCAUUAUGAUUGGAGAAGGAACCUUUCUGAUGCUAAAAGGUGCAAAGAUGAUCAGUGACUCUGUCAUCCAGAAGCCAGAGUCUGUGUCAGUGCAGCCAGGACGCUCUGUGACUCUCAGCUGUUCUGUUCACACUGACCGCUGUGCAGCAGAACACACUCAUGUCCUGUGGCUGAAAAACUCUGAUCAUUCUGCUCCAGAGAUGAUUCACUCCUCUGGGAAUAAAAACAACUCCUGCCAGAAGACUGAGACUGGCUCUGGAGAAGCUACCUGUGUGUACCACCUUCUUAUGAGGAACCUGAGCUCUGAUGAUGCUGGAACCUACUACUGUGCUGUGACUUCAUGUGGAGAAGUAAUGUUUGGAAAAGGGACCAAGAUUAAUAUUAACAGAGAUAAAGGCAAACCAGCUGGACUGAGUGCAACCUUUAUUGCGCUAAUCAUGUCAAACAUCAUUCUUGGGAUGGCAACACUUCUACUUACAGGGGCACUUUUCAAGAGUUGGAGAAAAGAUCCCACAGUUCUAUCAAGAUUCUCCGAUGGAUCCCCUGAAGGCAAUCAGACUGAAAAUGUUGUCUACGCAGCAGUGAGUUCAGCUAACAGAAGCUCCUCCAGCAGGCCAGCUCCAGUCGAACACAAUGAAGACAGUGUAGUUUAUUCUGAUGUCACGUACUGUCAAAAGCAUGUACAGAUAUAG